UGCAAAAUGGCACCAAUUACAACUACACAAGAUACCAGUGUUUAAUAUGAUGAUCUCUAAUAAAUUCUGUUUCAUAGGUGCCGCUGAUAGCCGACGAGAUCGACAUAAGUCCGUGGAAGAAUCUACUGAUGAAGUUUGCUCAAGUCCAUGCCUGCUUGGAGCAUUUGUAUCGAGCGGAAACUUGCUUGAGAGCUGAUAUUGCCGGCCUGAAGCCCAUUGCGACACGUCUCUUAGAACACUACGUAUCAGACAAGUCUCCAGUCCGAAGCGUGGGCCAGUUGAUGAGCGACCCUCUACAGAGGAUAGCGAUGCCCAUAGCCAACAACUUGGUGCAGGAUCACUUGAAGAAAAAUGCUUUCUGGUAUCGGGCAGAACUGACCAAAAAAGAAAAAGAUGCGGGCGUGAAACGUGAUUCCAAAAUGGUCUACGUUUUCUCUCAGCAACCAGUCUUCCCUCCACCUGUUUGGCAAAACCUAGAACCGUCCGUCGAAGAUGCAGCAGAGGUCACAACAGUGGGAGAAGACUUGAAAUAUCACAUCACUAAAUACACAUAUCUAAGCAACGAAGUUGUAGCGAAAAUAGACCUUAAGUGUACGUAAUAGAUUAUAGGAAGAGUAAGUGCCAUAUUAAGUAAAUAUACUUUGUAUUUUUGUAU